AUGUCAUCUGAUACUGCAGAAAAUGUACCACCGAGCUGCUGGGAAUAUUGUCCCCAAGAAUUACUAUGGUUGUUCUUCAAAUAUGUAAAGAGUGAUCUUAAAUCUUUGUUAACUUGUAUGACUGUAAACCAAAGAUGGAAAAAUCUUGUUAUUGAUUUUAUUGAGUGUCAGCGUUUAUGGCCAAAAAUCGUAACAGGGGCAUUGGUUAACAGAGGAUGCUCAUUCCAGAGAAAAACGAAUCUUGAUCCAAAAAAAUUAGUGUUUAACUCAAUGCUUUGGAAUUUUGGAGGCCUUGCAAAAGUAGCACUUCAUCACGUUUAUGAAGUAGAGGAUGUUACGCACAUGUAUAUUUAUAAAGACAGGCUGAUUUUAAAGACUGAUGCAGAAGUAACAUACUUCGAUGUUAAAAGUACAAAAAAGAUCAAAUCACAUUUAAGCACAGGUGAGGCCGAUUAUGUAGAGAAUGAUCACAUGGUUGUUAUAACUUUAGAGAACGACAAUUUGUUAGGCGAUAUAUAUCUGUAUGGAAAACCAGAGCCAGAUAGCACGAUAUAUGAUACCACCAAGGAAAAUGACUUGUAUGUUAUGAGGAAUAUUCAAGUGUAUGGUUUAGAAGACGACAUAUGCUACAUGGUAACCGACCGUAAUGUAGUGUGGGCCCUAAUAUGGGAUAGAAAACAGUGGAGUCUUAAGAUGAGAGGUCGUUACUACGGAGAUGUCGGCAAGAAAAUAUGUGCUUUAAAUAUACAUGACAAUAGGGUUACAAUGGCAACAGAGCUUGGAUCUAUGUGGCGCGAAGAUGCCAAUUUCGUAAAGUUUAGCAAAAUAUCCGACAUAAGUAGUUCGGUACAACUUCCUUCAAUGAACUCCGGCUGGGCAUUGUUCAAUGAGGCUGAUGUUGCAAUGCCAGUGCCCAAAAGGAUUCCGAGAAUAACGGCUUAUCACAAUACUAAACUUGACCAGAUGCGUUUGGAAUGUUCCGAGAUGACGUGCGCCACGCCACAUGGCGAGGUCCUGUUCCUUGGUUUUGAAGAUGGGACGGUAAUAGUGUGUAGACCCCGUGCACAUCCCACUUCUCCUCAACCUGACAUAAUAAUUCACGUGCAAGACCUAGACAGGACUAUCGAAGACCCCACCAUUGUCGCGUUAGAAGUUUUCGAAGCAGAAAUGUGCCAUCAUCUGUUCGUAGCUACCACAGAAAAAGUUCUUCAACUGGUAAUAACAUAUCCUGAUUCAAUUAUUAAAGAGUAUUUUGAGUAG